CAACGAAUGACACUGAGCGCUCUACACGGCAACAAGACAUUUGGAAAGGACAAAGUAGACCGUCACAGCUUGAGGAGAAGAUCCAGAUACGGCCGGCUUGGUUCCAAACAGCAACACGGCUCUUCUGACCUUCCUCCUCCCGUGUCCGGCCACUGGGGCAACUGUGUAUAUACCCCUCCAAAUCUACUGCAGAGAGCUGUUUCUAGCACGCGAUUUGUUGAUGCAUCAGACGUCAUCUUGAGCCGCAUGUAAUUAGCCGUCCUUUUUUCGCCUCAAGACGGUUCACUCUCGCAAGUUGACAAAGUGUCUCAAUCAAUACCCCUUCGACUCCUCACCACUGCAUCCGCACCACUUCGAAAGGCCUUCGAGACGGCUUCCACGGACCGGCUCCGAUUUUUCUCACGCCACUUCUCCUCUUCAUCGCCCAUCAUGGCGCCUGUACAGAAAGAAUGCGAUUUUUUGGUCAUUGGUGGCGGAUCGGGUGGACUGGCGAGUGCACGAAGAGCCAGUGGCAUGUAUGGUGCUAAGGCGAUUGCUCUGGAGGUAGAUCGUCUGGGAGGAACAUGCGUCAAUGUUGGCUGUGUGCCGAAGAAGAUUACAUGGAGCGCUGCGGCGAUGGCAGAGACCAUCAAGGAGGCCCAUAACUACGGCUUCAGUGUGAAGACCACUGCACCAUUCGAUUGGCCCACCUUCACACAGAAGCGAGCUGCGUAUGUCAAGAGAUUGAAUGGUAUCUAUGAGAAGAACUUGAAGAAUGACAAGGUGGAAUACCUACACGGACUCGCCAGCUUCCAGGACCCACACACCGUGCGAGUUGUGCUGGAUGACAAGAGCGAGGUAGACAUCAAGGCCAAGAAGAUCCUCGUGGCAGUGGGUGGUCACCCGAACUAUCCCCCUGUGGAGGGUGCAGAGCACGGUAUCACAUCUGAUGGGUUCUUCGAAUUGCCAAAGCAGCCGAAGAAGGUCGCAGUUGUGGGUGGUGGCUACAUUGCAGUGGAAAUGGCCGGCAUGUUGCAUGCACUUGGUACGGAAACACACUUGUUCAUUCGGCACGACAAGUUCUUGCGGACAUUUGACCCAAUGAUUCAAGAGAAGGUGGUGGCGGAGUACGAGCGCCAGGGAAUCAUCCUUCACAAGAACUCAUCUCAAUCGAAACUGGAAGAGCUUGACACUGGUUCCAAGAGGCUGCACUACAAGGACUCCAACGGAGAAGGUAUUCUGGACAUCGAUACCGUGCUGUGGGCCAUUGGUCGAAGUCCAGAAAUCGAGAAGCUCAACCUCGAUGUGACUGGAGUCAAGCUUAACAACAAGGGCCACAUCACAGUCGAUGACUACCAGAACACCAAUGUUGACCACAUCUACGCCCUCGGCGACGUCUGCGACAAGGGCUACGAACUCACACCCGUAGCCAUUGCGGCAGGCCGCAGACUCGCAGAUCGCUUAUUCGGCGGCAAAGCGGACGCAAAGCUCGAGUACGAAAACAUCCCAUCCGUCGUCUUCUCUCACCCUGUCGUCGGCACCAUCGGUCUCACGGAGCCCGCGGCACGGGAAAAGUUUGGGGACGAUGCCAUCAAGAUCUACCAAACCUCCUUCACAGGCAUGUACUACUCGAUGAUGGAGGCAGACGACAAAGGGCCGACGGCGUAUAAGAUCAUCUGUGCCGGGAAGGAAGAAAAGGUUGUGGGUCUGCAUAUUUUGGGAACGGGAUCGGAUGAGAUUCUGCAAGGAUUCGGGGUUGCGAUUAAGAUGGGGGCCACGAAGGCGGACUUUGAUCGUUGUGUGGCUAUCCAUCCUACCAGCGCCGAGGAGCUGGUUACUUUGAAAUAGAGUAGAUGAUGGAUGCGGGGGAUCGUGAAUAUAUGGCUUCAAGAGGAAGUUGUCGUGAGGCGCAAAUGUAUGCCAUGUAGCCAAGACCACCACUAUAUUUGUGAUCAAUAUCACAUAGAUGUAGCUGUGG